GCUCCGCUGUUUAUUUCCGGUGAAAGGCGGAGGUGGCUUGUGGAGGUGACCGAAAGGCAGACAGCUGAAUAAUUUUGGAAAUAAAAUAUUAACGCUGAGCAGAAGUAAACUCAAUAUAUAAUUUGUUGUUGACAGUGUAUAAUCAUCGUUGUUGCCAUGGGAGCUCACCUGGUGAGACGGUAUAUCACCGAGACGGACACCGAGCCGGACCCCACCAAGAAGUACGAGUUCGACCCCGAGUUCGGCUUUGAAGAGAGGGAAGCGAGAGAGAUGGUAGCCACCCAGGAUCAGAUGAACUUGGCCCAGCUGCCUCUGGAGCAGAGGGACUACUGUGCCCAGCACCUCCUGAAGUUCAUGAAGUGCAAGAGGGACAACUGGCCCAACUUCCUGGCCUGCAAGCAUGAGAGACACGACUGGGACUACUGCGAACACCAGGACUAUGUGAUGCGUAUGAAGGAGUACGAGAGAGAGAGGAGGCUCCAGCUGAGGAAGAAAAGAAUCCAGUCUCAGCCUGAAGCUGCAUGAUCACAGCUGAUGCUUCUUCUCUGUAUAUAUGUGCCGCUGUCCACAAUAAACACGAUUGUUUAACCUCUA